AUGGCCUCCGCCGACAAAACGAAGCCCUCCUCCGCGCUCUCGCCCCUCGUAAGCGUCGUCGUUUUGGGCAUCGCCUUCAUUCACAUCUCCACCGUCUUCGUCUUCAUCGACCGUUGGUUCGGCCUCCUCUCCUCCCCUGGCAUCAUGAACGCCGCCGCCUUCACCGCCCUUGCCGCUGCUUGCGCCUUCACCUACCGCGCCGCCAUUCUCACGGAUCCGGGUCGGGUCCCCUCCACCUACGCCCCUGACGUCGAAGAUGUCCACAGUCUCGUCCACGAGAUCAAACGCAAGGGUGGAGAUUUGCUCCCUGACUUGGCCUGCUUCUCCUCCAAACUCCGGCACCGAUCCGCGAGGAGCGGAGCGCGUGAACUUGUCUCUCGCUGCAACUCAUCGAAGUCACCGGAGCCGGCUUGGGCCUAA